GAAUACAUACCUCCUCCGCCUUUGUACUGAUCGAGCAUAAAAGGUUAUGAUCUCUUCUUCUUCAUUUUUGUUAAUAAGAUGGUAAGAUACAAUAUUUUACGAGAGAUAUAACUUUCUUCAGUGGAGAGAGCUCCUCUUAUCCGAGGAAUCAAAGCUGCAAAGGAAUCCAACAAAGGAGAAGAUAAACCGUUAAAGUGUCUAAGUCAACCGAAUUGGCCAAGGAGAUGGAAUACGGAGCUCCGGGAAUGAAGGCUGGUCGCCGGGUUCUAACUCCACUUUUCGUUCUAGUUUUCCUUCUUCAAGGUGUUCAUUCUCAAACAUCACGAAACAAAUUCAACAUCGCAAAAGCGGGACAUAAACUUGCAUCUCCCCCGGUUACGCUUAAGAAAGUUGGUGAUAACCAAGUGGUCGUUGAUAACGGUAUCAUCGAUGUUACCUUCUCGAGUCCACAAGGAUUAAUAACUAGAAUCAAGUACAAUGGCUUAAACAAUGUGUUGAACGACCAAAUUGAAAAUCGGGGGUACUGGGACGUAGUAUGGUACAAACCAGGACAAGUAUCGUCAACUGAUUAUUUAGUAGGAACAAAAUUCGAUAUUGUAAAUCAAACAAGUGAACAAAUUGAAAUUUCAUUUUCGAGAACGUUCUCUCAACGGGGCUCAGGAAUCCCAUUAAACGUAGACAAACGAUAUAUUAUUCGAAGAGGUGUAUCCGGAAUAUACAUGUACGCUGUAUUGGAGAGGUUAAUAGGUUGGCCUGACGUGGACAUGGACCAAAUCAGAAUCGUCUUCAAGCUUAACACAACAAAAUUCGAUUUCAUGGCUGUUUCCGAUAAUCGGCAAAAAAUAAUGCCUUUUGAUACAGAUCGAGACAUUACCAAAGGUCGUGCCAGUCCAUUGGCUUACAAAGAAGCUGUUCAUUUGAUAAAUCCACAAAAUCAUAUGCUUAAAGGGCAGGUAGACGAUAAGUACAUGUACUCGGUGGAAAACAAAGACAACAAAGUACACGGUUGGAUAUCGUCGGACCAACGUAUCGGUUUCUGGAUGAUCACGCCCAGCGACGAGUUCCAUGCAUGUGGGCCGAUCAAACAAGAUCUCACUUCUCAUGUGGGCCCCACCACUCUUUCGAUGUUUACAAGUGUACAUUACGCGGGAAAAGAUAUGAACACAAAUUAUAAAAGCAAGGAACCGUGGAAGAAGGUGUUUGGUCCUGUCUUUGUUUAUCUCAAUUCUGCUUCUUCUCGUAAUCUUCUCUGGACCGAUGCUAAACGACAGAUGGUUUCCGAGGUCCAAAGCUGGCCUUAUGAUUUCGUGAAAUCUGUAGAUUACCCUCUUCAUCACCAAAGAGGAACAGUCAAGGGUCAAUUAUUUGUCAUAGACAGAUACAUCAAAAACGUGACGUACUUAUUCGGGCAAUUUGCUUUUGUGGGAUUAGCAUUACCUGGUGAAGCUGGUUCUUGGCAAACCGAAAACAAGGGAUAUCAAUUUUGGACACGAGCAGACAAAAUGGGAAUGUUCACAAUAGCGAAUGUGAGACCAGGGACGUAUAGUCUCUACGCAUGGGUUUCUGGAUUUAUCGGUGACUAUAAAUAUGUGCGUGACAUUACCAUCACACCAGGUAGGGAGAUAGACGUUGGACACAUAGUGUACGUGCCACCGAGAAACGGCCCAACACUGUGGGAGAUCGGACAACCGGACCGAACCGCGGCAGAAUUCUAUAUCCCAGAUCCGGACCCAACCCUUUUCACCAAACUUUAUCUAAAUUACUCAAAUCCUCAAGAUAGAUUUAGACAGUAUGGUCUAUGGGAUCGUUACAGUGUUUUGUAUCCUCGAAACGAUCUUGUUUUUACUGCUGGAGUGAGUGACUAUAAAAAAGACUGGUUCUAUGCCCAUGUCAACAGGAAAGCUGGAAAUGGGACAUAUAAAGCAACGACAUGGCAAAUUAAGUUUAAUUUGAAAGCAGUGAUUCAAACUAGAAUAUACACACUUCGAAUAGCUUUGGCUGCAGCCUCAACAAUUGAUCUACUGGUUUGGGUCAACGAAGUUGAUUCCAAACCUCUAUUCAUAACUGGGCUAAUCGGUCGGGAUAACGCGAUCGCGAGGCAUGGGAUUCAUGGGUUGUACAAAUUGUACAAUAUCGAUGUUCAUGGAAAGUUACUUAGGGUUGGUAAUAAUACUAUUUUUCUUACUCAUGGUCGGAACUCUGAUUCUUUUUCAGGUGUAAUGUAUGAUUAUCUUCGUUUGGAAGGUCCUUCCGGAGUUUGAUAAACUAAAUACAUAUAUUAAUGUGUAAGUAAUAGGAGGGAUUAUAUAUUUUAAUUAGUAGUCAAAAGUCUAAAAUAUAUAUAGAAAAAAAUUGUUUGACAAUUAAAUUUGUUACUUA